UACUGCCUAGUCAUUACUCGUCGUUAUAAUAUGAUGGGCCUCCUCGAAAGCACGAUACUGGAGAUCCAAUCACCGACUCUGUGCCAGGCCGUGCGCAAUAUGGUCUCCUACUAUCCAGAUCAAUCUUUUCGUGUCGGAGCGACGAUCAAAUGUGAGGAUCCACCCAAGCUUAUCUACUACCACCGACGUGAGCUGGCUGCAUACAAGGCUCGCAACGACAUCGACGAACGCACAAAGCGGCAAAUCAAACUCCUUCUUGGCUUCUUGCAUGCACACAUCGGCAACCAGAUUGAGCAGUACGAAGCAUUUCUGGCGGCGGGCAUGGUCAAAUUCUCCCACCUCUGGAUGAUGUUUAAGCCUGGAUCCCUUGUCUACGAAGGUGAAACGCAGCAAAUCUUCUACCUGAAGAAGGCUGAAUACGCAGAGACUACCUGCGGUGAGGUGUACGUCCUCGAAUGCGAGUACGUGGACUAUAACGGCGAGAAAAUUGGCAAGGUUGCUCGUACGCUCAAGAUCAAUGCCUUUGGCACUCCGCGAGAAGUAGAUAUUUUGGCAUUCAGGCCCUUAUCUUUGUGCGCCGACUCAGAAGGUAUUGCCAAGAAUGCAAUGGCUCGGGCCCAACGAUUCUUGCAACUACGCGGGAUUCACAAUCUGCAGCAUAACAGGAAGGGACGUGUUAUGAUCGAUGCCAAGACUUUUCUCCGACGUGUGGUCCCGGGUGAUGAGGAUAGGAAGACAUCGCAAAAGAAAGGUCUCGUCAUCCACGAAGCUUGUAAAUGCUGCUGUGCUAUGUGUCGCAAGGAACGAAUCGAGAAGCCAGAAGAUUACGACCAUGAUGUCCGUGAGAUCAGUCAAGAUGACCUGCUCCUCUGCUCGUCUAGCGUGCUUGGAUUUGCACUUGCGACACACGAAUGGACAGUGCUUGAUAUAGACGAUCUCUCAGAAGUCCAGUGGUGUGACGAUGCUAUAGAUCGCCUGGUGCUGGAUAGCCGGCAGAAGCGAGUUCUAUCCAGCUUGAUCAGCUCACCUGUCUUCACUGAAGGAGUUGAAGGAGACGUGAUCGGCUGGAAAGGCAAAGGUCUCGUCAUGCUCCUGCAUGGUGCCCCUGGAACCGGCAAGACUCUGACUGCGGAGUCAGUCUGCGAGUCGCUGAGGCGGCCUUUGUACAUCGUCAGCGGCGGGGAGCUCGGUAUCUCACCGCAAGAGGUCGAGAAAUCUCUUCAACAGAUCCUCGAGCUUUCCAGGCUGUGGAAGGCGGUGAUUCUUAUUGAUGAAGCCGAUGUCUUUCUCGAAGCCCGAAGCGCUCAUGAUAUCGUGCGCAAUAACUUCGUGUCUGUGUUUCUGCGCAGGCUUGAGUACUUCGAAGGCAUCCUCAUGCUCACAACGAACCGAGUGGAGCAGUUUGACGAAGCUUUCAUUUCCCGGAUACAUCUUGCUCUGAGCUACCCGGAGCUAGAACCAUGGAUGCGGAAAGCGAUUUGGACGAAUGCCCUGAAGCAAUUCCCACCCGACCAAGUUGCUGUGGAUCUAUCAUCAGAUCUGGACGACGUUGCGAAAGUUCAGUUGAACGGGAGGGUCAUUUCUUACGCGGUACGGACCGCUAAAGCCAUUGCAGACGAGGACAAAUCGAAGCUGAGCGUUCCACAUUUGUGGGAUGUGGUCGGCGUCCAUCAGAAGUUCAAUGAACAUCUGAGACUAAGAUCUCGUCGCGAUGAGUUGACUGAG